AGAGCAGACAUAAAAAUACUUUCCCAAGAUUUACCAAGGGAAUUAUUACACCUUAGACAGUAAUUGUAUGUCAUCUGUAGCUCAAUUUAAUACACCUCUAACUUUCAGAUCCAUUUUGCCCACAGGUAACAAGGAAACUAGAAGGAAGCGAGCAAGGGGCUCUUCUACUAGAGUAAAGAACAUCGCUUCUCUGGUUGAAACUUCAGAACACAUUCUAUCAACAAGAUCAAGUACCAUGCAAGAAGAUGGAAACGCCCAUCAGCCAUACAUCCAUGCAGCAAAAACAACCAAGAAGCAGACAAAGAAAAAUACUAGGAAUUCAGGUAGCAAAGUCGGCACAAAACAGCAACUUGAUCGAUCAGCAACUUAUUUCUUCUGCAUUUUUCCUUGCAGGUUCUUCCCCAGGUGCUAUGCUUUCUGUUGAUGCCCUAGCUGAUCAUUUAAGGCUUCUGGAUAUUAAUGCAGAAAGGAAGCAAGGUGCAAAUCCUAAUACAAGUGCAGGUAGCUGCAAUAGUGCAAGAUGUCAAGAGCAAAACACACUUGUUGUUUAUCAGAGAGAUGGCACUCUUAUGAAUGUGAAGGAGCAAACACCACGCCCUAGAGUGAAACUUGACCAGGAGACGAUAAGAGUCUGGAAUCUUCUGCUGCAGGACAUUAACAGUGAAGGUAUUAAUGGGAACGACGAGGAGACAAAAAAAUGGUGGGAAGAUGAAAGAAGAACUUUUAAUGCAAGAGCAAACUCGUUUAUUAAGUGCAUGCAUCUUAUUCAAGGAGACAGGACCUUUUCUAGGUGGAAGGGGUCAGUUGUAGACUCUGUCGUUGGUGUUUUUCUUACACAGAAUGUCACAGACCAUCUCUCCAGGUUAGCUGGUCAUUUGAUUUUCAAAGAAUUUGAUACGAAGACUUGUAAGAGCAACCAUGGUCCACUUGUCGAAGAGGUGAUGAACGUUCCUGUCAGUAAUCCAGAAGAUACCCCGAAAGAAAUGAAGUCAAAGCAGCCCACCUUGAACGAGCGAUCAGUGAUUAUUCAGGAGAUUGAUUGUGAUAAAAACAGAGAGGUACUCAACAGCAAUGAACCGUGUGUAAGCAGAAUUGACUCUGGUGAGGUAGCUAUGUCAUCAGGAUUACACAGGGAAGGAACAGAAGUUCUCUGGAGAGAAGAAAUUGGAUCAUCACAAGGAACUGCAAGAUGCAGUGUUGAUAUAGUAUGUCAGCCUCAAACAUCUUCUCCAAACCUUAAGAAUGAGGUCGAAUCUAUCGACAAGGAAAAGAUCUACCAGGUGGAGAGUGUAGAUUUUGAAAGAAACACUGGGACAUUGGACGUGACAGGAGCCACGGGUGUUUUUGAUGAGUCGAAAAGCUCUUCUUGUCUUUCCGAAAACAUCAAAAACGCCCGUGCCUCCUGUCACGUCCAACGUCACAGGGAUUCUCACUCAAAACCUAAUGGCAAGACAUACAAACCCAAUAAGGGAAGAAAGGGUAAAGGUAAACAGCCUGCAGCUGAAUGGGAUAGCUUUAGGAAGCAGGCGCAGGCCAAGCCCAAUGGUGUAAGACUACGUACACCUAACACAAUGGACUCAGUAGACUGGGAGGCAGUACGACUUGCCGAUAUUGAUGAGGUUGCUCAAAUCAUUAGAGACAGGGGAAUGAACAAUGUCCUUGCGGAAAGGAUUAAGGAAUUUCUUGAUAGGCUCGUAACCGACCACGGAAGCAUUGAUCUUGAGUGGUUGAGGGAUGUCCCGCCUGACAAAGCAAAAGAGUAUCUACUAAGCAUCAGGGGACUAGGUUUAAAGAGCGUGGAGUGUGUUCGCCUUCUAACGCUUCACCAUGUUGCUUUCCCUGUCGACACAAAUGUAGGACGUAUAGCUGUUAGACUUGGAUGGGUACCCCUUCAGCCACUACCUGAAUCGCUGCAGUUACAUUUACUGGAAAUGUAUCCUGUGCUGUCUUCAAUCCAGAAAUAUCUCUGGCCCAGACUCUGCAAGCUAGACCAAAGAACAUUGUAUGAAUUGCACUACCAGAUGAUUACCUUUGGGAAGGUUUUCUGUACAAAAAACAAACCCAAUUGCAAUGCAUGCCCACUGAGAGGAGAGUGCAGACAUUUUGCAAGUGCAUUUGCGAGUGCAAGGCUAGCUCUACCAGGGCCAGAGAAAAGAAAUGUAGAGACAACAGAAUGUAAUGUGGUCGAUCAAAACUUUGUUGAGAAUAUUGAUAGAUUGCAGCUACCUGUAUCUCUGAGUGAUCAGCUGUCGGAAGCAAACACGCAGAUAAGCCAUUGUCUGCCUAUUAUUGAAGAACCAGCAUCACCAGGGCCUAUAAUUGAGCUUCCAGCAACACCAGAGGCCGAACGAGAACAGGAGUUAGAAGAUGACAUUGAAGACUUUUUUAGUGAAGAUCCUGAUGAUAUUCCUACAAUCAACUUAAACAUUGAGGAGUUCACUCAAACUUUACAGGAAUACAUUCAACAGAAUAUGGAUCUUCGAGAAAGUGAUGUAUCUAAGUCUUUGGUCGCUUUAACACCAGAAGCUGCAUCAAUUCCAGCAGUAAAACUGAAAACCACCGGCCGCCUGAGAACAGAACACCAAGUGUAUGAGCUUCCUGAUACACACCCUCUGUUAAAUGGGCUUGAGCAGAGAGAAUCUGAUGACCCAUGCAGUUACCUUCUUGCCAUAUGGACUCCAGGUGAAACCGCAGACUCAAUUCAGCCACCAACAGGACCAUGUAGCAACCAAGAAUCAGGUAGCUUUUGUGAUGAUAAUACCUGUUUUGCAUGCAGUAGCACAAGAGAAGCACAAUCCCAAACCGUUCGAGGGACUCUUUUGAUACCUUGUCGAACUGCUAUGAGGGGAAGUUUUCCCCUUAAUGGGACAUACUUUCAGGUUAAUGAGGUGUUUGCAGACCAUGCUUCUAGCCUACGCCCACUCGAAGUACCUAGAUAUUUGUUGUGGAAUUUGCCAAGAAAAACUGUGUAUUUCGGAACCUCCGUUACUGCUAUAUUUAGAGGUAUGUCGAUGAAAGACAUCCAGCUGUGCUUCUGGAGAGGUUAUGUUUGUGUGAGAGGAUUUGACCGCGAGAGCAGAGCUCCCAAACCCCUAAUUGCUAGGCUGCAUUUUCCGCCAAGCAAAUUAUCAAAGGGAAACGAGAAGAAAGAAAAGGAGUAAUUGUGCUCACAGGAAUCAUGUAUAUGAAUGAGUAGCAGAGGAAUCAUCAAUAAUUGUGAUUUUAUCAUACUUGCACUUGAAUUACAAUUCAAAAGUGAGAAACUCAUUUGCAACUAAAAAUUACCAUCUGUAUGUGUGUGAUUAUACUACAAAUUCAACGAUUUAGUAAAUAUUUAGAUGCAACAAUUUCAUGUUAUACACAUAUAAGAAAAUG